ACAAUACGAGGAAGAAGGUACCGUUCAUGUCCACAGCUUUACAGACGCAGGAUGGCGAGCAUAGUUACCAAGGAAAUCUCUUAUGAGGAACUGAAAGCGCUUCUGGGAAAGAGCCAGAAUCUCCUCCUGGUUGAUGUACGCAGUAAAGAGGAAGUGGAUAAAGGACAUAUUCCAGGAUCUAUUCACAUCCCAGUUGAUAAAGUAGAAGAUGCUUUUACAAAGGGGCCUGAAGAAUUCAAGGCUGCGUACGGAGUAACCAAGCCAGCGUUGGACGCCCCGGAGCUGGUGUUUCACUGCCAGAUGGGAAGGCGAGGGGGAGUGGCCACAGGCAUGGCCCAUGAGCUUGGAUACGCAAAUGCACGCAAUUAUACUGGAGGAUACAAGGAGUGGUCUGAGAAAGAGGGGAAGUGAUUUGUGUGGAAGGAAAGCCUCGUGUACAGAUGGGUGACAAAACAAUGGAUAAAUCCACAUGUAGUGUCCCAGUAAGGUGUUGCUCCACCUUGAGCCUCCAAAACAGCUUCAUUGCUUCCUUGUCAUAUAUUCUCCAACUCUACUGGAGGGAUGAACAACAUUCGACCAAAUGAUAUUCUCCCAUGUGGUGGUUUGGUGGUCUCUCAUAUGUUUUCCGCUGGGUUGAAAUAUGGAGACUGUGAAGACCAUUAGUGAUGGGUUGACAAAGUCUCGUUGAAGCAUCAAAGCUUUCAGGCCAACUGUGUUCAAAGUGUUCACUAGGGACACAUAGAAAUACUACUGUCUCCACAAGCUCCUCCGUAAUUUAGCUGUGAACAUUUCAAAUCCAAAUAUUUACAUACUGGAAACAAAGCUAACAUAUAACUAUUUUUUAUACACCUUAAACUUUUCAGUGAGCCCUCGUUCCCCGUAUGGAGGCAUCUGCAUUUGUUAUGAUUGCACUCAUUUAUUCAGGUUUUUCCUUUAAUUUCUCACCAUUCUGUAUAUUUAUACAAAAUGGCAAUUGUGAAACCACGACAGACAAACGAGAAACAUUUCGGUGUCUUAUUUUUCAUCUUUUGAUACUGUUUUGUUUUCAUAGAGUGCACCAUGUAUGAAUGAAUAUAA